UGAACUUAAAGCUGUGGUAACUUUAGCAAGUGUGACAUUCAUUGGGCAGAAUAUGAGCUCCUGUUGCAAAACACACACACACAUUUUUCCCCAUAUCCAAGAGAAAGGAAAAGGCAGGGAGACACUAUAUUUCAGCAGGUAUGAACCAACAGGCUGGGAAAUUCUACAACUAUGUGGUACCACCUCUCCUGUUCUCCUUGCUGGUGGCUGCUUGUGUUAUUCAUGGAGAUGCAACCAUCACCUCUCCUGCUACAGCACACACUACAGAGCAGCCUCCAAUGGUGACUAUCCCUGAGCCAUGGCUUCCAUUUGUGGCUCAGACUCCAGCCAAAGAAAAAGCCAAAGAGGGAGAGACCGUGGUCCUAAAUUGCCAGUUUCACAGUCCGAGGAGUCCUUCCCUGGCCAAGCUGAUGGUGAAAUGGUACAAAGAGGAUGAAAAGGGAUCCAGGGACUUGCUGGAGAACAAUGUGACCAUCUUGGCUAAUUAUUCCAGGGCUUUCAUGAGUGGGGAUUUAACCCAAGGGGAUGCUUCCCUGACUAUCCUCAAUGUGACAGCAAGUGAUCAUGGCAUUUAUUUCUGCCAGGUGAUGCUUUCCAGUGGGAAGCUGUUGACAGGGACUGGCACAAAACUCAGGAUCAGGAGAGCACUAGGAUUAUUUGGUAUAGAAGAAUCCAUUGGAACAAUCAUUGGGGUGGUGGCAGCUGGUAUCGGAGGUUUGGUGGUUCUGAUUAUCAUUUUAACUCCUCAGCUAAGAAAGUGUUUCCUGUGCAUAGAACAAGGACCUCAUCAAAGUAGGCAAGACAUAGCUUGAACUGCGUGGUUCCAGAAGACACCAGAAGAUCCAGCGACUAAAUCAUUUCUUGCAUGUAGUAACUUGCCACACUGUAAACCAAAAUGAGGUCUCCAUAUUCUCUAAUAAAAAUGUUUGCUUCAGUA